AUGGAAGAUUGGAAAAAAACAAACGUAGGAGUUUUCGAAAGUGAAAUUUAAGAUUGCGAAUAAUAUAUGGAUGAUAAUAUUUAUAAUUAAGAAAUAUAAUGCAAAAAGUGUAUUAAAGGAAAAAUUAUUACUUAAAAUAGAAAAGAGUGUGUUCUGACUACUUAUGGAUGUGAAUAUGCUGAUAAUAUAACUAAAAAAUGUAUUAAAUGCGAAAAAAAUGAUGAUUAUUAUAUACUUAAUAAUAAUUGUGUAUUUAGAAAUUAAAUUUUUGAUGGGUGUUAAGUUAGGGAAAUAACGAAAGAUGAGUGUAUUUAAUGUUCUAAACUUGGUUUUAAAUUAAAUCUUAAGAAAUAAUGUGUAAAAUAUAACAUUGUAGAGAAUCUAAUGGUGUUAACUUAUGUAUAAAAUGCUAGACUGGGUUUUAUGUUUAUGGGACGUAAGGGAAAUGUAAUGUUUUAUUGCCUUUUUGUAGAGAAAUGAAUGAAGUUUCUAUAUAAGAUGAUAUUAUUUCAAAUCAUAGAUGUAAAACUUGCUUUCAGAAUUAUUUUUUGUUCCCAACUGAUGGAGUUUGUUAUAAAGGAAUACUUGAUUGCUAGUAAAUUGAUUUAACUUUGUUUGAUCCGAAUGAUAUUGUUAACAAAGUCCCGAAAUGUAAACCUGAAGAUGUCCCAAGAAAAUUAAGAGAUGGAUGCUUUUCGGAAUACCAUUUAUUUGAAAAUUAAUGCUAUUUUAAUAUCGAAAAUUGUGAAACAUACCUA